UUGAUCAUUUUUGACACUGUUGUUGAACUAUUUCAGGGUUUUAUGCUAUCUAUCUUCUUCCUGUGCACGAUCGAGAUGCUUGCCCGAUUUGAUUUCCGUUCUCUCUUCUUCCCUAAACUCCGCGUCCGUUUUCUCCGCUUCUUCUGCUCUUCACAACUCCAGCAAACGCCGCCGGAACUUCCGCAAUUCGAACCCUCAAACGACGCCGACUUAAUUUCUCAGCUACUCCUCCAACACCACAAUCCAUUUCACGCCAUGGAAUCUUCUCUUCAGCUCCAUGGCAUUUCCUUCACCCCUUUUCUUGUUCAUCAAACUCUCAUCCGACUCAAAAACUGUUCUAAAGUCGCCCUUUCCUUCUUUCACUACUCCCAAUCGCAACCCAAUUCCGACACCUCCACCACCACUGCUUUCAAUCUCCUCAUCGACAUUUUAUGCAAAGUCCGCCAGUUCGAUGUUGCAUGGCAGCUUAUUAUUCAAAUGGACCAGAAAUCUGUAAAAACUGAUUUCACUACUUUUUAUGUGUUGAUCCGUAGGCUUAUCUCUGCUGGCUUUACCCGCCAAGCCAUUAGGACUUUCAGUGAAAUGCAUGUAUUUCUUGAUCAAUACGGUGAAGAUGAAGUAUGGAAAUUGUAUUUUAUUUAUCUUCUUGAUACUCUUUGUAAAUAUGGAUAUGUUAAGGUGGCUACUGAAGUUUUUAAUAAAGAAAAAUGGAGAUUGGAGCUCAACUGUAAGGUUUAUACUAUUCUGAUGUAUGGUUGGUGUAAAGUGAAGAAUGUAGAGAUGGCUAGGAGGUUUCUUGGGGAGAUGAUGGAUAAGGGUAUUGAUCCAAACGUGGUAAGUUACAAUGUUUUGUUGAAUGGAAUUUGUAGGAGAGCGAGUUUGCAUCCGGAUGGUAGGUUUGACAAGGUAAUCAGGGAAGCAGAGAAGGUGUUUGAAGAAAUGACUGAAAGAGGUGUGGAGCCAGAUGUAACCAGCUAUUCCAUACUCCUCCAUGUCUAUAGCCGGUCUCAUAAGCCUGAGUUAUCACUUGAGAAAUUAAGGAUUAUGAAACGCAAAGGGAUAUGCCCGAAUAUUGUGACAUAUACCUCAGUUAUCAAGUGUCUCUGCACUUGUGGUAGGAUUGAAGAUGCGGAGCUGUUACUCGAGCAAAUGGGUUCUAAUGGGGUUACUCCCACAUCCACCACUUACAAUUGUUUCUUUAAAGAAUUCAAAGGGAGGAAGGAUGUCGAAGGUGCGUUGAGGUUGUAUGGGAAAAUGAAGCAGGGUUCCCUCUGCUUACCUAGCGUGAGUACAUUCAACAUCUUGUUGGGGAUGUUACUGAAAUUAGGUCGAAUAGGGAUGGCAAGAGAUAUUUGGGACGAUAUGAAGGAUUCUGGAGCAGGGCCUGAUUUGGAUUCAUAUACAUUGUUGAUUCAUGGAUUUUGUGAGAAGAAAAAAUGGAAAACAGCCUGUGAAUUCUUUAUGGAAAUGAUAGAAAAGGGAUUUCUGCCACAGAAGGUCACCUUCGAGACACUUUAUAGAGGCUUAAUACAAUCCAAUAUGCUGAGAACUUGGAGAAGGUUAAAAAAAAGGCUUGAUGAGGAAUCAAUAACUUUUGGUUCAGAAUUUGAAAAUUAUCAUCUCAAGCCUUAUAGAAGGUAAUCUGAUGAAGUUCUGAAAGGGGUACAAGGCUGAACAAUCUAAUGUCAAGCUAAAGUGUUAACUGAUAUUUUCUGAUUAAUGGAGAGCUAUUUAUAAUUGAUGGUGUAACAGACAUCAAGAACAAAAGUAAGAACCUUAGGCUAUAGUUCAGGCUGUAAGGGUGACGCCAGGCACAUUAAAUGAGACACUGUUCAUCCCAAAGGCAUCCUAUGUACCAACAACACAUGCACUUCUUCCUUACCACCAAUCUCAAGGAGGAGCAUUCUCCCAACCAAGUAGUGCAAUGAGUCAGGAUUGGAAGUUGUUCAAGCAAAUGAUGCUCCAAUGGCUUCUCUCACGACUUCCAUCAGAAAAUCUUUAAGGGCAAACGAGCAAAAUUUCUCAAGCCCUCAACUCUAGACCAAAAGGUUCUCUACCAAGUAAUACGGUGGCUAUAAUCCUUAAGGUACUGAAGAGAGAAAAUGUAAAACUUUGGUGUAAUGUCAACAAAAUAUUAAAAAAUCCACUACUCAUCUUCAGUUGUGAAGAGGAUGAGUAAGAAGGCAAUGGAAUGUUGCUGAAUGUUAAGUGUAUUGUUUUUUAAAUCGUUUUUGUAGUGCAUAGUGUUGGGUGUUUUUCCUCCUUAUCAUUGGUCACCUUCGUUUUUAAAUGUAUACAUCCAAUUCAUCGUUUUCUCCUUACUAUGUGCUGGUAAAUUUCUUCUUACUGUUCCUACUGCUGAAUGUUCUAGUCUGCGGUUCGGAACCUUAAGCUUAACUCAAGUUGUGAUCUAUGCUGGUAGUAGUAACACUUUUUCUUACUCAUAAAUCUGCUGUCUGUAUGCUCUGGAACUAUGUUGCUCAGACUCUUCAAAAAUGUCAAUUGUUGCGUGUCGGAUUCGCCAAAAGUAGUGUAUUUUUGAAGAAUCCGAGACGGGUGUGGCAUCAAAAGUGAAGAGUCCGCAACUAAGCUCUGGAAUAUGAAAUCCAAAAGGGGGGGGGGGGGGAGAGAAUGUUUGUUAUUCCCUGCCCUUAUUUAAUUGUUUUAGUGAUGUUGUUCACUUUUCUCCUUUAAAAAGGAGUCUUGUGUUUGUAAUCUCUAUGUGUUGUAUGUCGCUUGUUUUGUAUCACACUUGGUGUUGCUUGGUAUGGGAGUAGCAUUUUAGGAGUUUGGCUAGACUUCGAUUAUGAUGCCAUUGGCUACUGCUGCUGCUCCAUGAUUUAUGGAGAAGUUAAGCAUUGAUGCUGCAUGUUGCAGAAAUCUGAAAAAAUGUUCAGGUAGUUUGAUAUGUAAUCAAGUCAGUUCUGUUCUUCUCCCACCUGGCUACCCUCCAUAAAAAUAGAGAACUAACAUAAUUAGGGUUGUGAAUUGUAAAUUUGCUGGGAGUAUCAUAUAGGAAUGGUUUUAUCUGUGUUUCUAUUUGUUGAUACUUUAGAUGCAAGUUGCACAUUUUGCCUCCAGACUAAUAGAGGAGAUAGAAACCGGAGGGUAAGAGCAGCAUUUGUCUAACAUCAAACCAGCUAAUAAGAUAAAAUACUCUUACGAACUGCCAAUGGUGGGCUGGACCACUUAUCUGCUUGAAUCAUUCUGCCUAACCCUAAUGUAGAUCCUGCUAGCUUAGUUUGGAUUUUAAAUUCUUACGAAAAGAUGUGGUCCUCAGUGGCCAUUUGUUCCGGUGCGUCUAUACAACUUAUUAAGGGACAUAUUUCUUUUAAAUGUAAUCAAUUCGUGAAGCUGCACUGUUUUUCGAACAACACCCUCAUAAUCACACAAUUAUCAAAAAACAGAGGAGCUGUUAAUAUUGGUAGUGCAUUUAAAUUUAAAUGGGUGAUGAUUUCCUUGUAUUUUUCAACUCUCCUUUGACAGAAUUUGGUUGAGGAGAAGGAUAAGAAAGUGAAGGAGUUGCAAGAUUACACUGUUGCGUCCAUUUUACCCCCACAAAAGCAAAAUAGGCAAGAUGCUAAUGGCUAAAUGUAGGACGCAUAAUGAAGGAAAGAUGCAUGAAUUAACAAUGGAACUGGCUUUGCAGAAGUCUCACAAUGCUGAACACAAAAGUCAAUUUGAAGAUAGAAAACAUGAAUGAUGAACAAGAAAUGGGUGGCCCAAUGGUUGGUAUUGAUUCGAAAGAAAGGAAGAUCGAUCAUUCAACGUAAUUCUCAAGCCAUUUUGCUUCCCUUUACUCUCUCUCAGUCUAUGCACUAAUUUUUCUUUUUCAAAAUUCUAAUUACGAAAAUGAAUAUAACUUUAUAAUAUUGAGUUGAUCUAAAUCAAUUUUCACUCCACAGAGAAGAAAAAGAAAACUUUAUCAUGAUAACAAUCCUGAGCAACAGACAAGUUUAUUAAUUGUCACAUUACCUUUUUAAAAAGCUUAAAUUAUGAGGUUUGCAUUAUGAUUA